AUGGAGGCCCCUAGCGGCGCCUUAGGAGACCCCUGGCUGGACCAGCUUCCGGGGGUCGUGGCCGGUGCAUUCCUCAGGAAGUACAUUGCGCAGCGCUUUGUGUCAACUUUGGGCGGUGAGGUUCACAAGUACUCGGAGCACAAUGGCCUCUCCUUGCAUUUCCUUCCACAACAGGAUCAAUCAUCCAAGAGAGGUUGCAUGGUUUUCCUGCAUGGAGGUGGCUUUUUGGGUGGAGCUCCUUCCCAGUUCUAUCCUUACGCAAAGGAAAUCUCCCGGCGCUUCGGCAUCUCCACAGCAUGUUGUGAGGUGAGCUGCUUCCUGACGCAUCCCUUCUCCAAGGCGCCCUUUGACAGCAUCGAUGAUGCCCAGCGUUGUGUGCGCUAUUUGCAAGAGAAUGCAGACGACAUGGGCAUCGACCGUGAAAAGAUUGUCCUGGCAGGUGCCUCAAGCGGAGGCCACACGGCAACCAUGGCAGCACUCCGCGAGAAUCUGGGCCUGGCAGGGCUGGUGCUCUUCAAUCCGGUGCUCGACCUGGAGUUCGCGCGGCGCUUCGGCGAGCGCCAGCUGGAAGCUCGGCUGGGCUCCUGGGCACUCCGCUGCUGCUACGGCGAGGGCCGGCUGCGGGCCAACUCGCCCUUGCAUUCGACGCGUCAGCUGUCGCAGCCCACGCUCAUUCUGCAUGGCACCGCUGACCAUCUCGUUCCAAUCGAGGAGGUUGAGGGCUUCCAGCGCGGGAUGGAGACCACAGGCAGUGACUGCAAACUGGUCACUUUCCCUGGUGAGGGGCACUUCUUCUUCAACUGGAGAGUUUCGCCUGUGAAUUUCGCUCACUGUGUCGGGCUCGUGGGUGACUUCCUUAAAGGAGUCGGUGUCCUGCACGGCUGA